AUGGAGGAGAAAGUGAGUGACACCCUAAGAGUCUUACAAAAUGAUGGAGACUCAUUUUCUCAAAGAGCAGAAAUGUAUUACAGAAAAAGGCCUGAGCUUGUUGAAUUUGUAGAAGAAGCCUUUAAAGCAUAUAGAGCCUUAGCCGAAAGAUAUGAUCAUUUAUCAAGAGAACUUCAAAGUGCAAACAGAACUAUUGCAAGUGUCUUCCCUGAUCAAGUUCCACACCAUAUUGAUGAUGACGACGACGAAGAAAGUGACGCAGGAACAAUUUCUCCAUCUCCUGACUUCAACAACCAAAUUCAAAAAUCAGUCGUUCCAAAGGUUCCAAAGAAAGAUUUUCGAAGUCCUUCGAUGUUGCUAUCCCGAAAAGGUCCAACUAAGAGAACUUCUUUUUCAAAAUUUAUUCCAACAACUCCAGGAUCAGAUCUUACCAAAACUGAAGCAAUAGGCGAGAUCGACAAACUUCAGAAGGAUAUUUUGGCGCUGCAGACCGAGAAAGAGUUUGUGAGAAGCGUGUAUGAGCGCGCAUACGAAAAGUAUUGGGAAAUCGAAGAUCAGAUAACAGGUAUGCAGAAACAUGUUUGCAGUUUGCAAGAUGAAUUUGGCGUCGGUACUGUCAUUGAAGACGACGAUGCUAGAGCUUUAAUGGCAGCAACGGCACUGAAAUCAUGUCAAGAGACGCUUUCAAAGUUGCAAAAGAUUCAAGCACAGUCAUCAGUAGAAGCUAAAGUUGAAUAUGAAAGAGUUAAAAAAGCUCAUGAGAUGUUUGAGAAUCUUAGAGAUCAAUUCAUCACUAAAUUCACGGGUCAAGAAGAACAAGAACAUGCCGACACAUGUAAGAGCAUAAUUAGUGAAGAACAGAAAAAUAUUGAUAAAGAGAUAGCUAGUUUGGAACAACAAGAGAAUGAUGUUGUUUUGUUGAGAGAAACGAUUAAAGAAAAAUUGGAACAAGAUUCUGGAAACACUCUUACUGUGACUGAAAUGGCCGAAUGUAUUGAUGAGCUUGUGAAUAAAGUUGUUACUUUGGAAACCGCGGUGUCUUCCCAAAACGGUAUGGUUAAUCGAUUGAGAUCAGAAACCGAUGACCUUCAAACAAAUAUAAAGAAAUUGGAAGAAGACAAAGAAAUGCUUAUAGCAGGAUCAGAAGUUACUAAUAAGAAGCUAAAAGAAUUUGAAGAGGAAUUGUUGAGAGUUAAAAUUCUCAACAAAAGUGUUAAAUCACAAGAUAAUAGCUUAAGAACGCAUUUCACUGAAGCUAGUUGUAAUAUUGAGCAUUUAUCUGGAAAGUUGAAUAAUAUGAAACAUGAUGUGGAAGAUGUGAAUUUAGUACUUUACAAGAAGAAGAAAACUGAUUCUAACGUUGAUGAUUCUGUAAUGAAGGAUGUUGACGGUCCUGCUAUGAAGGAUGUUGACGAUUCUGCUACGAAGGAUAUUAAUACAAAAGAGGAAAAUGAUGAUGGUGUAAAUGUGGAUGAUAACAAGUCUAUGAUGAGCCAAAAUACUAAUUUUAUUACUGAAAGGAUUGAAAAAAUGGGACAGCACGAUAAAGAUGAUUUGUCCGAUACAAUGAGCAAUCUUGAUAUUGAAUCACAGGAUUUUGACACUGGUGAGGGUGAUCAGCCUAAUUGGAGGCAGAUGUUUUUGAAUGGAUUGGAUGAUAGAGAGAAAAUUCUAUUGGAGGAGUAUACAUCUGUUUUGAGAAACUAUAAAGAUGUUAGGGUGAAGCUUAAUGAUGUUGAAAAGAAAAAUAGGGACAGCAUUUUUGAGUUGGCACUUCAGUUAAGAGAAAUGAAGAAUGCUCUUGUGACAAGGGACAAAGAGAUACAAUUUUUAAAUCAGAAGAUAAACGGUCCAGACACAAAUCCAGACGAAAGUCCAUACACAACAACCACAGAAUACAAAUAUACACCACAUGAAGCACUUUUUAGAAAAUCAGGUCAAGGAUCCAACAUGCAGGAUACUGAUACUUCAUCUCUAAACAUCGACAACAAUUCUAUCAGAACAUCUUUCGCAGACCAACAUGAAAACUCAUCAGCCCAUGGCCUUAGAACCCUUGAGAAGCUCAUGGCUGACCAAGAUAAGCGGCAAAACCUUUCGGAUUUAGAAAAGAAAUUCCGUUCAGACCUUGACGACCUCCUCGAGGAAAAUCUCGAGUUUUGGCUAAGAUUUAGCACAUCAGUUCAUCAGAUUCAAAAGUUUCAAAACUCAAUACAAGACUUAAAAGUAGAACUAAGGACAAUAAAGGAAAACAACAAAUCCGAAGGACAUUCACAUUCUAAACAUCAACAACCUAUGCAAUCUCAACUUAGGCCGAUUUUUCGACAUUUAAGAGAGAUUAGAACUGAAUUAUCGCUUUGGCUUGAACAUAAUGCAGUGUUGCAGGAUGAACUACAAGGUAGAUAUUCAUCAUUAUGCAACAUUCAAGAUGAAAUUGCAAGAGCAGGUAAUAAUAAUAAUGAAGAAUCUGGUGGUGCUGAUGAAAAUAAUAAAGAUAAAGAUGCUGAGAUAAUAAGUGGUUAUCAAGUUGCAAAAUUUCAAGGUGAGAUUCUUAACAUGAAACAAGAGAAUAGUAAAGUUGCAAGUGAGUUACAAGCUGGUCUUAGUCUUGUGAAAGGAAUGAAAAAUGAUGUUGAGAAGACACUUGAUGAACUUGAUCAAGCUAUUGGGAUUAGCAGUGCUCAUAGAGAGACAAAAAAGAACACAAAAGGUAAUAGAAUACCUUUGAGGUCUUUCUUGUUUGGUGUCAAGUUAAAGAGACAAAAGCAGUAUCAAUCACUGUUUUCAUGUGUCAAUCCUACACUGUCUAAACAAAAUAGUAUCAAUGAGCAAGUACCAGCUCCAAUAGAGAGAGAGCAAAUUUGAUUUCCUUUAUUUGAGUACUUGGAAAAUUGUUAAGGAUAUUGUAGUGUGAUUGUGUGACAAUAUAUAGAACAUGAAUGUUAU